GCUAAUUUUUUAGUGAAAUCUAUUUUUACCCUGCUGAGUGCGCCUCGAACCUGCGCGUUCGCAUGUGGCGCGCUAACACGCUACAGGGUACGCCACGCUCGCCUCAGCUGCCGUUAGUGCUAUUUUCGUAUUUUCCUCGCUGCCUCAUUCACCCCCACACAAUUCGUUGCAUAUUUUUAGGCAUAACAUUGAGCAUGAGAUGUUUAUACACUGUGAAAAAAUAUUAUGACAAACAAGAAGUGUGUAAGUUUGAGCAAAUAAAAAAACUAGUUUUUUUCUAAGAUGAAAUGAAGUGCUAAUAAAUAAAUAAAUCUUAUGUUGCAUAAAAGAACCGUCGAGCUUUUGGACUUUAGAUAGCAUUUUAUGCUGUUCGUUGAUUUAUUGUAAAUGUGUGGUUAAGAAGCAGCGGCGUUAUCUACGAUUGCAUUUUCUUUCGAGCCAAAGUGUAGCGUAGUAGCGGCAUGUGGAGCGGUUUCGAUCGUUGCAGUUCGCGCGGCGUCGAUAUACAAAGCACCAACAAUGCUGGCAGUAGUCAACAGGAGACUUUGGCUGAAAUCGAACACAUAUCAACGAUAGCAGGCUCACUGGUAUCAAUUGCUUCCAUAUCACAUACACACACACAAGUACGUUAUCAAUGUACAAAUGAUGCUGGCUAUGAAACAGAACACACUUCGCUUAAUUCGGACUUUGAUGAGGCGGAGCUGCGCAGGGAAUUGCUGCGUGAUAAAUGGAAAUUGCUGUUUGAUAUGUUCGAUCCCGAGGGUUUUGGUGAGAUACCCGUCGACGACUUUGUAAAGGCGUUAAAAUCUCCCGAAUUCUUAUCACAAGUGCCUAUGAAUAAACGAGAAUUGCUACACGAACGCACGAAAAAGGCGCGAUUGCCAACUGGACCGGGAUAUGUCACCUUUCAGGAUUUUGUAAAUGUGAUGAGCGGGAAACGUUCACGUAGCUUUAAAUGUGCAGUUCAUCAUCGUGAUCGCGAGGUUUGUUCCGAAAAUGACUUCCAUCUUGUACUAGAAGAACCGCCAUUUUUUAAGAAAAUGGUGCACGUCGUUGCCAUGGAAAUACUGCCCGAAGAGCGUGAUCGCAAAUAUUAUGCCGAUCGUUAUUCAUGUUGUCCCCCGCCUUUAUUCAUUAUACUAAUGACAAUCAUAGAGGUAAGUAGCUCUGCUUUUUUCGCCUAUCACACACUCAGCAUUGGCGAAGCGGAACCAGCGGGCCCAGUUCCAAUCGAUUCCUUCUUCAUCUACCGUCCCGAUAAACGCCUUGAAGUUUGGCGUUUCAUAUUGUAUAUGGUAUUACAUGCCGGUUGGUUUCAUCUUGGCUUUAACCUCUGUGUUCAAUUACUUUUCGGCUUACCGCUAGAGAUGGUGCAUGGAUCGGGGCGAAUCGCUUGUAUAUACUUUUCCGGUGUAUUGGCGGGUUCAUUAGGCACCAGCAUAUUUGAUCCCGAAGCGUACUUGGUUGGAGCUAGCGGCGGCGUAUACGCACUACUGGCGGCACACUUGGCCAAUGUGAUGUUAAAUUUUCAUCAGAUGCGCUAUGGCAUACUGCGAUUUAUAGCCAUUUUGGUGUUCGCUUCCUGUGACUUUGGCUUUGCAAUCUACGCUCGUUAUGCUGGCGACUAUCCCUUCAGUCCCUCGGUGUCCUAUGUCGCCCACUUAACCGGUGCCUUGGCGGGCCUAACCAUUGGCCUAAUUGUGCUCAAGAACUUCGAACAGAAACUACACGAACAACUUUUGUGGUGGAUUGCGCUUGGUAUUUACACUGCCUACAUUAUAUUUGCAAUUGUUUUCAAUGUAUUGAAUAGUGCUGCGAUGCAGAGUCUAAAAGUGGAACCCAUCUAUGCCACCGAAACGUUUUUCAAUGAUUUUCAUGUAUAAUAUUUAGUUUUAAGCGCUAAAUGCUAUGCCAUCUUGUCGAUUGGGUGGAAUACUAUGUGUAGAAAUAUUUUGCAAAAAAGUGUGAAAAAGUGUGUACAUAUUACAUAUGUA